AUGGGAACAACUCAGAGUCGGUAUGAUGAUUUAUCAAAAAAUGUAUGCUUGGAUCAAUUUUGUGGAAUUGAAUCAAUAGCACCCAAUGACACAUUCUGGAACAGAUUUCUGUCAUUCAAUAUUCGGCCCCCGGUGACCAGGAAUGACCAGAUAGAACUCGGGGCAAGGUUGGACUCGACUUGCCAGCGGCUGCUUGCUAAUAAUUUAACCACUGGCAAUUUUGGAUCCUUGAUAACUGUCGCGUUGAUGAGGACUAAUGAACUGUUGAAUUCUAUACAGACUCAAAACAGUAUUAUGUCAGCAUGGCAAACAUACAACGCGCUGUUUGCUGUAAGGUGUAUUUUAAAGUAUUUAGUGGAGACUGUUGGAGAAGACGAGAUGAUUAAACAUACAGAAGCUGUGCCUGAUAAUAUAGAUGAAAAUCAAGUUUAUUCGGGAAGACUUGAAUCAUUUGUUGAAGCUCUUUUAGAAAUAAUUAUAGAUGUGCCUUUAUGUGAAUUCACAUACGUCGUACAUCUAGAAGCAAUUAACUGUCUACUAGUACUCCUGUCAGUCCAACUAUUUUCCCAAACAUCUGCCGACUACAGUCCAAUUUACAGAAUACUAAUGAGUGAUGAACACACAGUACACGCACCAAUUGUCGUUUGUACUUUACUCAACAAUUUUGCGCAACAAGAACAUGCACCGCCUGGUUUACUAGCGCGUGAGGCCGGUGGUAGUAUUGUUUUUAGCAUCGCAGCUGGACUGUGGAAUGUGAUAACCCGCGGAAUGGGCAACAGCUUCAAGAAUAUCCAGGUGUCGAGCAACGGUCUUGUGGAAGAUGAAGAAAAAAAAAGAGACAUCGAGACACCGCUGGCUAGUCAAUCAUUACUAUUACUUUUAGUAUUAACCAACCAUUGUACCACGACGUACAAUCCUUACCGCGAUGCGCUAUUCUCGUUUACAAACAUCCAAGAUGAUAACUCCCACUCGACGCCUUCUACGAAAGCUGUCACGCCUUUUCGCUUCAAUUUAGACAAAUUGUACAGUACUAUUUGUAAAGUUACUAAUACUGAUGAAGUUACGCUGUUGUUGUACAUGUUGUUGCAUCGAAAUCCUGCUGUUAAGGAACAUAUUAUCAAGAAGCCAGAUAUACAGUUACUUGUGACACCAAUUUUACAGAUAUUAUAUCACGCUCCAGAUAAUACUUCACACCACAUUUACAUGUCAUUAAUUAUUCUUUUGAUACUAAGUGAAGACGAGACUUUUAAUAAAAGAAUUCAUGAUAUAAUGCUUAAAGGAGUUCAUUGGUACACUGAAAGAUGCAUAAGUGAAAUUUCAUUAGGUGGAUUGUUAAUUCUUGUUGUAAUCCGGACGAUACAGUAUAAUAUGUUAAAAAUGCGUGACAAAUAUCUGCAUACAAAUUGUCUGGCAGCAUUAGCGAACAUGUCUGCGCAAUUUCACGCCCUGCACCCGUACGUGAGUCAGCGUCUGCUAAGUUUAUUUGAGACACUGGCCAAGAAGCAUGGCCGCCUGGAAGUGAAGAUCCGUACCCAGCCGACGAGUCCGUACCAGCCUACAGAAAAGACUACACCGUCUACCUCGGUGAGCUCGCUGUCCAACGGCGAGGUCAUCAACACCGAAGACUUGAUCCAAGACUUGACGAUACUCGAGGAAGUCCUCAGGAUGGUGCUCGAGAUAAUAAACAGCUGUCUGACUCACCGUCUGGCACAAAAUCCCAAUUUAAUUUACACCUUGCUCUACAAAAAGGACAUUUUUCAACCCUUCCAGACACAUUCCGCCUUUCAGGACAUUAUUCAGAAUAUUUACUCGGUGAUUAAUUUCUUCUCUUAUAAACUCGAGCAGACUGACCAGUCUCAGAUUGGAGUGAGCCAAGUGCUCACAACGAUUCAAGACGGAACCUUGCACUGGCCCAAAGACCGGCUCAGGAAAUUUCCUGAGCUCAAGUUUAGGUAUGUUGAAGAAGAACAACCUGAAGAAUUUUUUAUACCUUAUGUAUGGAGUGUCGUUUGUCAGUGUGCGUUGUUACACUGGAAUGCUGAGAACAUUAAACUGUUUACUCCUAAUAGUUCAGAACAAACUACUAUUGUUGUUUGCUGA